AUGUUACCGUUGAUACUAUUCUUCGUGAUACUCCUUGCUUAUUGGUGGUGGAAACAAUAUAGACUGAAUUUGACGGAGCCUCCAAGCUUCCCCGGAGCAUGGCCUAUAAUCGGACAUAUCCAUUUGAUACUUGGAGAUGAUUUGUAUCUAUGGCGAACCGUUAACGAAAUGGUCGACACGAGUUUUAUGAUGGGCGGAGUGGGUUCCGCGUUCAUAGGGCCUAGAACUGUAUAUGUGGUGACGGAUCCAGAUGAAUGCUUCACAGUAGCAAACGCGUGCCUAGAAAAAGACACUUUCUAUGAUUUUGCAAAACCAUGGCUUGGUGAGGGACUGGUCACAGGAAAAUUGUCAAUAUGGCGGAAUCAUCGAAAGCUGCUAAAUCCUGCAUUUAGUCAAAUCGUACUGGAUGGGUUUAUUGAGGUGCUGAACAGGCAGUCUAGACGCCUAGUCAAGGAUUUGCAGGUGGAAGUAGGCCAUGGACCGUUUGAACAUUGGAAAUAUACGAGACACAAUGCUUUGGAGACUAUUUGUUUAACAGCACUAGGCGUAGACUUCAGUGACCACACCAUUCUAAACAGCGAAUACGUGGAAGCAGCAGAGGAGAUCUUCAAAGCGUUAGUGGAGAGGUUUCAGAAGUUCUGGUUACAUAGCUCUUUAAUAUUCCAAUACAGCGAUCUCAAGAAGAAGCAGGAUGGGUGGCUGAAAACUGUACAUAACAUGUCAGAUACAGUACUCAAAAGGAGAAAAUCAGAAAUGAAUGGAAAUAUUUUAAAAGAAGAAAAAAGUCCGGAUAAAAAAUUUAAGGCGUUUAUGGACUUGCUCUUAGAGCUAUCUAUGGAAAGAGGUGUUCUCAACGACAAAGAGAUUAGAGAUCACAUAGACACGAUGAUUGUUGGCGGACACGAUACAUCAGCCAACGUAAUGAUGUACGCUAUGAUACUAUUGGGCUCUCAUCCUGAUGUCCAGGACAAAGCGUAUGCCGAAGUUCUAGAUGUAAUAGGAGAUUCAGAUAGAGACAUCGAGAAACAAGAUUUAUCCCAAUUAGUGUAUUUAGAAGCUGUUCUGAAGGAAAGUAUGAGAGUUUAUACAAUAGUCCCAAUUAUAGCGAGAAAAUUAGACAAAAAUGUAAAAUUAAAGCGUUGUACGCUAAAAGCCGGUAGAACGUGUUUUAUGUUUUUGUUUGGUAUACAUCGUCACCCAGUGUGGGGUCCUGAUGCGGAUCAGUUCAAGCCGGAGCGUUGGCUGGACCCGUCCACGCUGCCCGAUACUCCGAAUGCGUUCACAGGAUUCGGCGUUGGUCGUCGUAUGUGUAUCGGCAAGGCGUACGCACUGAUGUCGAUGAAGAUAACUCUGGCGCAUCUUCUGCGCAACUAUCGCAUCAAGGCUGAUCACACCAAACUAAUACUAAAGUUUGACGUCAUGUUAAAACCAGUGUCUGGACAUCAUAUCACCGUGGAAAGGAGAUAGAUACAGGAUUUCAGGAUUCCAUAGGAUACCAAAGUAACCUACAGCGCGGUAGCGUCCUUUUACUGUAAUUACCUUUUACCGUGACCUAAUAACGAAUAUAUUUACAAGUAAUAAUAAUAAGAUCCCGUUU